AUGUCAGCCCCACAGCGUGGAGAUAGAGGCGGCGGUCGUGGUGGCCGCGGUCGUGGAGACAGCAAUCGUGGAGGUCCCUCCAAUCGUGGUGAGUUUUCUGGUGGUCGUGGCGGCAGUGCUCCUAGAGGAGGUGGUUACAGUGAUCGUGGAAGCUCUGCCUCACGUGGCGAUCGUGGCAGUGGCUCUUUUCGAGGAGAUCGUGGCGGUAAUUCCUAUCGCGGUGACCGUGGUGGUGGCUCCCAAGGAGAACGCAAUGUUCCUCAGCCGAACCAGGAGGUGCAAGCUCUCGAAGACAAACGCGUUCUGGAGACGUCAGGAAAGAUCAUUGAGCGGUUUCCAGGACGCCCAGGCCAUGGUACUAAGGGUAUCUCGAUUGUGCUGCGUGCCAAUUACCUGCAUUUGAAGACCGCCUUCGAGACUGGUAAGCAGGAAGUGCCACUCUAUCGCUACGCAGUUGGCAUAGUCGGCGGCGAAAGGCUCAGCAAACCCAAGAUGCGUCUGCUCGUUACAAAUCUUAUCAGGGACCCUCUCUUUGCUGGUCGUCAGGUUGCGACAGACUACGCGGGCAUCAUUGUGACGACCAAGAAGCUCGACCUUGGCCCUGCCGACCGCAAACAAGGCAAGAUUGAAGUCAUCGAUCCUUCUCUACCUGCUUUCCAAGGCCCAGACAAUGCGCAGGCCCAGGAGGUCAGGAGUCGUCGUACCAAGGGCUACGAGCUGUCCAAGACAGGAGAGUUCAGUCUGGCUGAUCUUGUGCGCGCCCUCCAAGCUGUACAGGCAGGCGCCUGGUUAGGAGCGCAAGGUGAUGUUGUGCAGCUAUUGAAUAUUGUUCUUUGCAAAACACCUAACGACACGGCCAACGUUUACUCUCUCGGUCAAAAUAAGUACUAUCCAGGUGUUGGCUCGCCAUUGAUGGAGCAGGUCGACAUUACUGGUGGCCUUCAAGCUCUUCGUGGAUAUUAUGCAAGUGUCCGCACUUCAUCAAACAGAAUCUUGGUCAACCUUAACGUCGCAAGCGCAGCCUUCUACAAGCCUGGACCCCUCAUGGACCUCGUCUCUGAGUACGUUGGUGGUUACACUGGUCAAGCCCCAAAAGCAUACGACGUGGUAAGAGCUGAAGCUUUCAUCCGCAUGCUUCGCGUCGAGACGAACUACCUCAAGGCUCUCGACACAGACGGCAAGCCCAAGAGGGUUGUUCAGGGACGCCCUCAGACUGUGCCUGGCUUCAAGAGCGUUGUUGGUCUGGCUCCACGUCCCAGGAACGGCGAUGCCAGAACUGUCACUUUCUCCUGGACGGAUCCGAAGACCCCUCAAGCUGCAGCUCGUAAUAUUUCUGUGUUCGAUUACUUCAAGAAACAUCACGGCAUCACUCUUCAACAUCCAGACUUGCCUGUUCUCAAUGUAGGCACCAGAAGUGAUCCCUCAUAUCUGCCGAUCGAGCUGGCGACAGUUUCACCUGGUCAGCCCGUCAGACGCUUGCUCUCAGGAAGCCAGACCGAGCAUAUGCUUCGAUUCGCUGCUAGAGCUCCCCGUCUCAAUGCGGAAUCCAUUGCAGGCACGCCAGGUAACGGACUCAGAACCAUGGGUUUCAAUGGACCCGCACAAGUUUUGAACAACUUCGGCAUUGACAUCGGCAAGGAGCUCAUCACCGUUCCUGGUCGCAUAUUGCCGACGCCCAGAGUGUACUAUGGAAACAAGGAGUUACAAGCCAGGGAGGGGUCAUGGAACUUGAUAAAUGUCAAGUUUUCCAAAUCUGGUUCUUUUGGCUUGUGGGCAUGUGUUAUCGUCAACUACAAUGACCAAAGGGGCAACGCAUUGCUUCCCGAGGGCGCCCAGAUGCAGAGUGCUCCUGUCCUUGGCGGCGAGGGCAUAUUGAAGGCUCUUGAGCACCAUCUAAAAACAUAUGGAGUUCGUAUGGGUUCGCGUCUCCAGACUCAGAACAUCAACAUUGCUCGUCCCAACGAGCAAAACCGCAAGGCCAUCGAUGACAAGCUCAAAGAGGUCUUUACUAAUGCUGCAAAGCAUAAUAUACAACUUCUCUUCGUCGUUCUCAAGGAAGCUGACAAAUGGCUCUACAGCCGCAUCAAGUUUUGGGGCGAUGUCAAAUUUGGUGUGCAGACUAUCUGUUCAGUCGGAUCCAAGAUUCAGAAGCCCAAGGGGCAAGACAUGUACCUGGGCAACCUUGCUCUCAAGUUCAACAUCAAGGGUGGAGGUGUCGUUCAAACCCAGCGCGACAUGUACCCUCUUGGAAACAAUGACUGCAUGCUUGUUGGCAUCGAUGUAACGCACCCAUCUGCGGGGUCAGUGGACAGAGCCCCCAGUAUCGCUGGUGUCGUGGCUAGCGUGGAUGAGCAACUGUCUCAGUGGCCUGGUUCGUUGCGCAGUCAAACAGGAAGGGAGGAGAUGGUGCAAGGACUGACAGAGAUGAUGAUCGAACGCCUAGAGCUUUGGCGCAAGCACAACAACAAGCUUCCCAGGAAGAUUAUCAUCUUCCGUGAUGGUGUCUCCGAGGGGCAAUACAAUCUCGUCCUGGACCGCGAACUGCCCCCGAUCCAAGAGGCUUUCAAGAAGCUUUAUGGCUCUAACCCCCCAUCCUUGACUAUCCUGAUUGUUGGUAAGAGGCACCAUACCAGGUUCUAUCCUACAGACAGCAGAUCAAUGGACCAGAAAUCGGGCAACCCCAUGCCUGGAACUGUGGUCGAUCGCGGAGUCACUUCUCAUUACCUCUGGGACUUCUUUCUCCAGGCCCACAAGGGCUUGCAAGGGACCGCUAGGCCUGCUCACUACAUUGUCCUCAAGGACGAACUGAAAUUUGGUCAAAACGAGCUCGAAUCGUUCGUCCACAAGUUGUGCUACAACUUCAAUCGCGCCACCAAGGCUGUCUCCAUAUGCCCUCCUGCAUAUUACGCCGAUCUGAUCUGCGAGAGAGGCCGCAUGUAUCUCUACUCGAUCUUGAACGAGAACCAGGGUGCGGAUGCUGUGGCUUACAACGCUCAAACAGCUGGUUGGACCCAUGGUGUUCAUUCUAACCUGCGCGACAAGACUUUCUAUAUCUGA